AUGUCUUUACGUUACCCAGGAGGAAGGGCUUCCACCAGGGGCCCUUCCAACUACAGCAGGGACAUGAGUCCACCGAUAGACGACAGUGUCCCGGCCAAUGUGAUCGUCCGCGCAGGAAAAAACUUGAGGGAAACCAUCGAUCCCACCGAGGAAUUUCUGUUGCCCGCUGGCGAGAAGAGGUGCUCCCUCCCGCGCGGACAUUUUAUCGUUAGAUUCAAGCUGACAAAAGCAGAGUAGUUAUGAAAUAUGACAAAAGUGGCUUCCCUAGGAGGAGGAAAGGAAAGUCCACGGCUAACCCCAUCUCUUAGAUGACCCAACAACCGCCGUUUUCACCUUCAAUCGUGACGGCCAAACCCUCGGCGGGAUUCUCGUUAGUGCGCUCUUGGCGCUCCCGUGUGUGAUCUUUGCAGCGUACAAGGUUCCUCACCCGCUAUUCUUCGUGUUCGAGCUACGUCUUACUACGGAUGGCUCUAUGGAUCCGAAAGAAGCUUUACUCGAGGCCUCGAAGAAUAUGGUCGAAGACUUGGUCAUAUUGGGCAGGAGGUUUACCCAUGAGUGGGAGCUCCUUAAACAAGCACAGAUGGCAGGGGGCGUGGGGAGUGGUGAUAUCGGGCUGACGCCUGGGCGCGCAAGCUACACACGUGCUGUUUCCAGCGCUGAGGAAGCAGUGAAUCGUAGUAGGAGCUUCCAAGGUGGUAGGCAUAUCCAGCAGGAUACUCGCUACCAAUUUUUCGCCGGGACCCCGGGGACGCCAGGCUAUCAGGGUCACGGAAGUCCCGUCAGGGUGGGAUAUCAGGCUGAAGGAAUCAGAUCCCGUGCUGGCCUAGGCAGCCCUUGGGGGGCAGGAUAUCCGAUGGAAGGCCAAUCCGCGGGUUACCAAGGAAGAGCUAGAAGCCCCGAAAAAUUGGACAUUCACACUGGGGGAGAUCGGAGUGGUAGCAACUUGCACGGUCAUGGGGUGAGUGGAUACCGGGCUGGGGGUCUGCAAGGUAAUACCUACCAGGGUGUUGGAAGCUCUGAGGCGGGAUUCCAGGCAUCCUGGGCCUUGGGCCAGCAAGCCAGUAGCCCCGACAGAAUGAGCCAUCAAGGCAGCGUUAAAGCCGGAAGUCCCCCCGGAGGCUCCUACCGGGCUGGUGCCGCCGCAGUCUCCGAUGGGCCCGUGAACCGGGGCUCCUGGGGGGGCGAAAAGCUGGAGCACCGCGCAGACAGCCAGGCUGAAGGUUACCGGGGCGAUGGCUCUCAGGGUCUCGGAGGUAGCGGAUAUCAGCUCGGAGGCCAGCAAGCGAGUACCACUCCAGCGGGAGGCGGUUUGAUGCCGGAGUACCAGCGCGCAAAUAACCGAGGUUCCAGCCACCCAGAUCGCGAACGAGGUAGCGGGUAUCACGUCGAAGGUCAACAGGCCACCGCCAUUGGAGGGGGCGAUUGGACAUCAGAGCACCAGCGUCUAACCAGCCAAGGCUACCAGGGUUGGGAUCAGCACGGCCGACAGGAGGAUGCCGGCGCCCCGAAGGAUACCACGAUGGAGGAUAACGACUGGUAA